AUGCCUGCUGCACUUGUUGGUCGAGCCCCUUCCCGGAACCAUGCUUUGAAGCUUUCAAAUGGACGACAGGCUCCCCGGUCCUCUCCCCUCCCCUCCCUUCUUUGCGGUGGCGGGGAGGGCGGGAGAGACAAGAGACAGAGCGCACCUCGAAGUGUCGGUCCAUUGAGAGAAACAAUGAGCUACAACAGGCUCGGUACUCCGUACAGCUGA